AUGAUCAUGGCGUCGUCGCAUGAACCACCGGAGCUGCAAGCCAAGCCCAACAGACUCUACCAAGUCUGGAAGGGAAAUAACAUAUUCUUGUGCGGUGGACGCCUUAUCUUCGGCCCCGAUGCAGCCUCCCUUCUGCUCUCCAUAUUCCUCAUCCUCGGCCCAACCAUCAUCUUCUGCUACCAGAUGCAGUCCACAAUUCACCGCUCUCAACAACACAUGCGCCGAGCUGCACAGCUUACAGUCAUCAUCACAACAGCAGCGGACCUCUUCUUUCUCCUCAUGACAUCGGCUAGGGACCCAGGGAUUGUGCCCAGGAACACAAGAGCACCAAUUGAAGCAGAUGAAUUUCUUGCCUCAACCACACCAUCAAUGGAGUGGAGCAGCGGGAGAACUCCAAGGAUGAGGUUCCAUCGUGCAAAGGAUGUCACUGUCAAUGGCUUCACGGUGAAGGUGAAGUUCUGUGAAACCUGCCUAAGGUACCGCCCACCAAGAUCCUCACAUUGCUCCAUCUGCAACAACUGUGUUGAAAAGUUUGAUCACCACUGCCCAUGGGUUGGCCAGUGCAUUGGACUUAGGAACUACCGCUACUUCUUUCUGUUCGUAGCAACAUCGACUUUCCUGUGCAUAUUCGUUUUCAUCUUUUCAUGGAUCAACGUAUAUUAUGAAAGUGGAGACAAUGGUGGAUCCAUCUGGAAGGCCUUGCGCAAGGAAACAUACUCGUUUGUGCUAAUUAUAUAUACUUUCCUUGUUGUAUGGUUUGUUGGUGGCCUCACAGUAUUUCAUCUUUAUCUGAUCAGUACUAAUCAGACAACAUACGAAAACUUCAGAUACCGUUAUGACAAGAAGGACAACCCCUACCGAAAGAGCAUUGCAGCAAACUUUGUAGAAGUGUUCUUCACGAAGAUUCCUCCACCGCAGAGCAACUUCCGUUCAUGGAUAGGUGAGGGCGCACUGGAAGCUGGAUUUUAUACACCAUAUAUUGCACUAGAUUUGACUAGCCCAAGGGAAAAGAUUGAUGUAGAGAUGGGAAGCAAGGAAAUACUCGUUGGAGGUAUGCAGAUUCCAACUGUAAUUCAGAACAUAGACUAUGGUUGCUUUGAAGAUAAUCCAGAUGACAGGAACCGGAAUGAAGACAAUAGGAUUUCACCUUUUUCUUCAACUUGGGCACAACAAACCAAUGAAGGUGCUGGAACAUCUAGAAUAGCUACCGGAGAAUAUAAUAACGAAAUAAGCAAUGAUGAUGGUGAGGAAAUAAUUAGUUCAAAUACAAGUUCAGCACAAACAUCACAAGAAGCUAAUGCAGCAUCUGAGGAUGAAAGCGAUGAGAAUGAUGCUGGAAAAGUUAAUAUCUCAGAUGGAAGUUAUACCAAAAAUGUGGGGGAUGUGAGCUAAUAGCUCUGUAUUACUCAUCAA